GUUCUGCUAGCGCAACAGGGUGCCGCCCAACAGACACAGCACACAGGUGAAAAAUCUGGCCACGUGAUUGAGUCAGUACUAGCUGAGUAUCGAACCAACUUCUCCUGUGUGGGACGCGUGGCUGGAUACUAUGCAGACAUCAGAUCUGGCUGCCAGCUGUAUCAUAUGUGUGACACAGAGGGCCGACGUUUCACACACGCAUGUCCCAAAGCAACCCUGUUCCAGCAACGUAUGAUGAUCUGCGACCACUGGUACAUGGUAAACUGUAACAAUUCUGAGCAUGACUACAGUGCCAAUCUGCUGAUAGGGCAGCAUGACAAGCCCUUCAUGAGCCCUGAAGAGCAUCUCCACCAUCACACACCUGUGUAUUUCUUCACAACACAACAAAACCCAAGUUCUCUACAGGAAGUCACCAACUGGAAACAGCAACAUUCAGGAGGCAACAACAAUAUAAUCUCCAACAGUGAAGAUCUGAGAGAUCAAAUUUCAGUAGGUGAUCAAUUACACAAGGAUUCAGAACCAUCUCGGCCAUCAAUCAACAGCACCUCACACAACAGAAAUAUCAACAAGUCACAACCUCGUGCAUUAAGCCCUCCAAAAUCUACUUCUGCACGCAUGGCUGCAACACAGAAGCUUCUGGCCAAUGAAUAUUCUGGAUCAGACUAUAACUUUCCUGUAAAUUCCCAGACUCUUCCUGGUGCCUACACAGAUAAUCCCUUUUUCCAAUCUUUGUUAAUAAAAACAAUAAUGCCAACCCUACAAACACCAGCAUAUAUUUCAAAUAGUUCUGAUAAUUCAGAAGUUUCAAACAACCCUAAAGCUCAAUAUAAUAAAGAUAAAACAUUCACAGAAUCUCAGACAUUUGAUGAAAUACAAGAUUUAGAUAACUUUAGGAUCCCUCCUACAAGAGCUCUGCCCCAGCAGCCACUGCUUAGCAUGCCAAAAGAAUUCUCAAAUUAUUUGGGAAUUACCAAAGUACACAAUCUUCCACCACAUUCAAGAGAACAAAAUUUUCCUGAUGCCUACAACAAUUCAUUCUUUCAGUCUCUGACAAAGACCAGAAAACUUUUGGUAUCAACCUCAACAAUGCCUCACAGUACUGAACAAAGAGCCACAACUGGGACAAGUAUUAACGUAGAUAAAAAUGAGGAUGAUUCAAACAUUGUACAACUCCACUUCCUGGACCCUCGCCAAAUCUUCUUUAUUCCGGAGUCAAAUGAGGAUUCAGAUAAAUACAAUUUUGAAACACAAAACACCACAAUGUUGUUCAUCUCUGUACCAGUUUAUUCACACAAUCAUGGCCAAAGCAUUAUGCAUUUUCGACAUGAUAAUGUAGUUACUGAUGGCCAAAAACUGGACUGUCCUAGAUGUCAUCCACACUUCCUUCUCCCAGGGAGAUGUCAACCUUGUGUGAUUAUUCGAUGAUAUGACAUUUGGUCAGAGCAGCAGUGAUGGAACACUUGUAUUCAUAAUUCUUGCCAUUACAUUAUAGUGUAUUUAAUUGUAAAAUAACUGCAGUAAAGAGUAUCUCUGACAUA